AUAGCCAUUUGGAAGAAUUUCCUACUCUCCUUCAUUGUGCAGCCAGAUUUGGAUUAAAGGACCUUGCAACAUUUCUACUCAAUUGUCCUGAUGCCACAUGGGCUUGCAACAUAGCCAACAAAUAUGGAGAUGAUCCAGCAAGUAUCGCUGAGAAGCACGGGCACAGGGAACUAAGAAAAUUAAUCAGAGAAUUGUCAAUUAAUACAGCAGAUAAUUUCACCAAUUGCAAGGAGGAAGCAGAAGACGAUGACACUUACGUGCUUAUGUUAGGCUCAGAAACUCAACCAGCCGUGACAUUAAAAGCCAAGGAGAACCCAGGAGAUCAAUGUGGAAUUGAAUCAAGAUGCCAGCAAGAAGCUGAGGUGGAUGAGGAAAAGAAAGAUGAUGUAGAAGACAGCAGAGAGGAGACAGAAUAUGAAGAUCAAGAAGAGGAAAAUUCAUACAGCUUUCACAACAGUCCUGACAAUUUGUAUGCCAGCAUACCUGAUGAUCUCAAAGAGAACAGAAGAGAGCACUUUUUCUGUAAGAGGCCACCUCCUCCUCCCCCUCGAAAUCUGCCUGGCAUCCUAAGACAAGAUGGUCUGCAAAAUUUAUCACAAGAGAGGAAUUUUGUGGAGGACAGAAGUGAAAGAGAACGAGGUAAUGGACUCAUAACAGCACGCUACAGAGAAGACCGAGAUACAUGUGAGGGAGACGACAAGGAGGAGCACCCCUACACUUUUGCAGAACUGGAUGAAUCUGUGUAUGAUUUCAUUCUGGCUGAGGAGAAAAGGAAAGAACGCAGCUCUUCUAUCAUGAACAGGCCACCAGCCCCUGCCCCUCGUCCCAUAUGUUUGCCGGUCAGAGAGGAGAACACUCUCUAUAUAGCACAAGUGUUUCAGCAAAAGGCCACUCGAGUGCCCAGUGACAACAGGACGUACUGUGAUGCCAGGAAGCCCGCAUACAGAGGCCACACUGACACAGUAACUGAUAGCACUGUGAAACACAACAUCCUUACUGAACAGGAAGAACUCAUCUACUUGCAAGAACAGGUGAAAAAGGGGGCAAUCUCUGUGGAUAAAGCCCUUGACAGAUUUAAACGGUGGCAGAAUGAAAAACAGAGACUACAGUCCCCUCAACAGUCUCCAACUAGGAACCCAACAGACAAGGAACAGAUGCCUAAUUAA